CACAGUCCAGCCCUUGCUCCCUCGUGAAGAGCCCUGGUCCCCCUUCACCGUUCCAUCGGCGACACCUAUGGCUAUGGCAGCAGCGACGGCGUGAUCUCCGGCGAACCCAUGUAGUAUGGACGGUAGCGGCGCCAACACCACGACGCGAAAACUCGACGAACGACGGCGACCCUCCUCUGCCCGCGACGGCCUGCGUCGAUUCAACAUCAGUAGCGAGAGCCUGCGACAAAAUAAGGCAAAAGGUUCCAUGUUGCUUCUAUAUGGUUGAUCGUCACGCCAUGGAUUUUUACACAAUAAUUACUACAAGCUUCGUGUUUAUGCAUCUAAUUCCCAUCAAAAUCCAUGAGAAGUGCAUUGGAAGUCCGCAUGAUGGCAAACUGGUACGCCGCACAAUUGCAACUAUGUUCUCCAUUGAAUCCGGCUUCCUAUUCACUUGCUCGGACUGUUCAUGCCCACAUGAUUGCUUCUGGAUUCAAGCCUCGUGGGCAUUUCCUCAAUCGUCUCCUUCAAGUAUAUUGCAAAUCGUCGAAUCUUGUGUAUGCGCGCCAACUGUUUGACGAAAUUCCUAGCCCAGAUGCUAUAGCAAGUACCACUUUGAUUAAGGCAUAUUCUGCGUCGGGAAAUUUGAAACUGGCUCGAGAAAUAUUUAAUGGAACUCCGUUCAAUAUGAGGGACACUGUUUUCUACAAUGCAAUGAUCACUGGUUAUUCGCACAAUAAUGAUGGUCAUGCUGCGCUGGAGCUGUUUCAUGCUAUGAGAUCCGAUGAUUAUCGGCCAGAUGACUUUACAUUUACAAGCGUUCUCAGUGCUUUAGCGCUUAUUGUUGAUAAUGUGAAGCAGUGUGGUCAAAUGCAUUGUGCAGUGGUGAAAUUUGGAAUGGGGUGUGUUUCCUCUGUGUUGAACGCUCUUCUGUUUGUUUAUGUCAAGUGUGCAUCAUCAUUGACGGUAUCAUCUUCAGCAAUGGUUUCAGCAAGGAAACUGUUUAAUGAAAUUUCAAAGAGGGACGAGUUAACAUGGACAACGAUGAUUACUGGGUAUGUGCGAAAUGAAGAUCUGAAUGGAGCACGUGAGCUUCUGGAUACAAUGACUGAAAAGUUUGGGCCGGCAUGGAAUUCCAUGAUAUCUGGAUAUGUGCACCAUGGUUGUUUCCAGGAAGCAUUGGCAAUGUUUGGGAAAAUGCGUUUGCUUGGAGUUCAGCAUGAUGGGUUCACCUACGCAAGUGUAAUCAGUGCUUGUGCCAAUGGUGGAUUCUUUCAACUGGGAAAACAGGUGCACGCUUACAUUCUAAAAAAUGAACUGAACCCAAAUCAUGAUUUUUUGCUGUCUGUGAGUAAUGCGUUGAUUACUUUCUAUUGGAAAAAUGAUAGAGUUGAUGUGGCAGGGAAGAUUUUUUAUGAGAUGUCAGUUAAAAAUAUUGUUACUUGGAAUGCAAUCUUAUCCGGGUAUGUGAAUGCAGGGCGAAUGGAGGAAGCAAAGUCUUUCUUUGAAGAAACCCCAGAGAAAAACCUUCUUACAUGGACUAUGAUGAUUUCAGGACUGGCACAAAAUGGAUUUGGAGAUGAGGGUUUGAAGUUGUUCAAGCAAAUGAGGUUGGAUGGUUUUGAACCCUGUGAUUAUGCAUUUGUAGGAGCAAUUACAGCUUGCUCUGUGCUUGGAGCAUUGGAGAAUGGUCGCCAACUCCAUGCUCAACUUAUUCACCUGGGCCAUGAUUCAAGCCUUUCUGUUGGCAAUGCAAUGAUCUCAAUGUAUGCAAGAUCUGGAGUGGUUGAAGCUGCAGAAUCUGUGUUCCUCACUAUGCUUUUUGUAGACCCGGUUUCAUGGAAUGCAAUGAUUGCAGCAUUUGGGCAGCAUGGGCAUGGUGUAAAAGCAAUAAAACUUUUUGAUCGGAUGUUGAAAGAGGGCAUAUUCCCCGAUAGAAUAACAUUUCUUACAGUUCUCACCGCAUGUAGCCAUGCAGGUUUGGUUGAAGAGGGACGUCAUUAUUUUAACUCAAUGUCUGAACAUUAUGGUAUCUCUCCUGGUGAAGAUCACUAUGCUCGAAUGGUCGAUUUAUUUUGUCGAGCUGGGAAGUUCUCAGAUGCAAAGAAUGUCAUUGACACCAUGCCUUCUGAACCCGGCGCACCAGUUUGGGAGGCUCUUCUUGCUGGUUGUCGGAUUCAUGGGAAUAUGGAAUUAGGAAUAGAAGCUGCUGAACAGCUUUUUGAGCUUAUGCCACAACACGAUGGAACCUAUGUACUUUUGUCCAACAUGUAUGCUGAUGUUGGUCAGUGGAACAAUGUUGCUAAGGUGCGAAAAUUAAUGAGAGACCGAGGGGUCCAGAAAGAGCCUGCUUGUAGUUGGACUGAGGUUGAGAACAAAGUUCAUGUGUUCUUGGUGGAUGAUAUUGUGCACCCUGACGUGCUAUCUGUCUAUAAUUACCUGGAGCAGCUGGGGCUUGAAAUGAAGAAGUUAGGAUAUAUCCCCAACACGAAGUUUGUGUUACAUGACAUGGAAUCUGAACAAAAGGAUCAUGCCUUGUCUACUCACAGUGAGAAGCUUGCAGUUGGGUUUGGUCUAAUGAAGCUCCCUCUAGGUGCCACAGUCAGGGUUUUCAAGAACCUUCGGAUCUGUGGGGAUUGCCAUAAUGCAUUCAAGUUCAUGUCUACAGUGGUGAUGAGGGAGAUAAUAGUGAGGGAUAGGAAGAGGUUUCACCAUUUUAAGAACGGUGAAUGCUCGUGUGGUGAUUACUGGUGAUUCUGAUUCUCAUUUACCUGGUUAGUGGUUUUAAUUGUGGAUCUCAAAAAUUGCCAUAUAUCACCCAAAACAUGCAAGGAGGUCAUAUGUGAAAUUGAGCUCCAAGUCAAUGGAUUAGCAAAGCGAGUUGAAUGAUUCAAAGUAAAGAUGGAACUCGAACUGCUGAGUGUUGAACAGACAUUGUUGGUUGCUGCAUAUGUCAGUCGUACUGCAGGCGGUGGGCUUGACACAGUUAAAGCUGUGUCCCUACAAACUCACCAGUGCCCACCCGCCUCAUUUUCUGGACUCAUGACUGCAGUCUUCGUCAUCGUGCUGUGGGCACCGUUGGGAGAGUAAAGUUCAGUUAAAAUUGUUCGCUCCCUACCUGCAAACUCACAUCACAAAUGGCUUUCGAUCUGCGUGGAAAGUAGUAGGUACCCAGCACCAUUAUUGCUUGAUGACGAACUGGAACUCGUUGGUGGAAGAAGCUGCUCUCAGAAGUGGGGACUUCACUUAACUAUGGUGCUUCGGAAAAAAAAAAAAACUGUUUUGAUUCUGAAUAUGAUUAGCCAACUCAAAUAUGAUGGAUGCUAAUUUUGUAGCGGUAGCUAUUUUGAUGUAACCGACUAAGAUUGAUCUAUAGUGUUAUUAUUAUAAAUACAAAAUUACUCUUCUUGUUACUCAA